AGCUGGCUCGAAUUGUAUUUUAACACAUUUCCCAGUCUGCGCGCGUUUGACAUCUGGGAUCCGAGCGCGAGUUGCCCGUCCCGGACGCCGCAGGCCGUUGGCUGCUUCUCCCGCGCGUCUGCCCACCCGCCGGCUCGAGCCCAGCGGCUUCAGCUCGCUCGACUAACGGACGCCGGGUCACGUGAGACCGGGUUCGAGGCGGGAAAAGGGGGAUUCCCGGUCCUCACCGCUCGCCACAGUGAACGAACAAAAUUUGAAAGUCUUUAUUACUGGACAUCAGCAAAACAAUCAUGGAGACAAUGGAUAAUCAAUAAGUUGAUAUUCUGUUUGUGGCCAACGCACUGAAAUAUCUAUAUGCGUUUAAAACAAGUGUAAGAUCAAGAACGUCAGCUAUUGUUACUUCAAAGGAAAACAAACUUAGAGCAACCAUGACUACCAUACCGAUUGCCAUCAUGUGAGAGAAAGCACAACAGAAUAUAUCGUGGGUUGGUUAUCCUGUUCUUCAAGGCUACUGCGAUAAAAUAUGUAAAAAUCGGUAAUCAGGAACGCUUCCUGGAUUAUUGUUUGUCCAUGAGAAUGCAAUAUUUUUACCAGCAACCAGAAGAAAAAAUAAACUAACGUAGAACUUGGCAGAUCCUUUAAAACGACCACAAAUAUCCGGAAGAUUAUGGCAAAUUGACCGAGGUUCAAGUUAACACUGAUGCCUACGCAGCUGUGGAAAGAUGUACAAUUUUAUCAAUUGCUAUAUCUUUGCUUCAUAUAUGUAUGCUCCACGUGUAAUGUUGACAAUGGCAAUAGAGACAGUGAGGAGGCUUAGAAUAUGGGACAUGCAAAUGGUUACUGCUGACAUGAGAACUGUGGUUGCAAUGUCCACCAGCCGUGUGGGUUUACUGAUCUUUGUCUUUUGCACAGCACUGUUUUGUAUAGGAGAGACGCUCGGAAAAAAGUCUUCUAAUCAUGACAAUGAAGUAAGAAUACAUUCAGAAAACAUCACACGUAUUCUCGAUAGACUUCUUGAUGGAUAUGACAACAGGCUACGUCCUGGGUUUGGAGGUCCUGUCACUGAAGUGAAAACCGACAUAUAUGUGACAAGUUUCGGUCCUGUAUCUGACGUUGAAAUGGAAUAUACCAUGGAUGUCUUCUUUCGUCAAACUUGGAUUGACAAAAGGUUGGAAUUUGAAGGGCCCAUUGAAAUCCUUAGACUGAAUAAUUUAAUGGUCAGUAAGAUUUGGACUCCGGAUACUUUUUUCAGAAAUGGGAAAAAAUCUAUUGCUCACAACAUGACUACUCCCAACAAGCUUUUCAGGAUCAUGCAAAACGGCACAGUACUUUACACAAUGAGACUUACCAUAAAUGCUGCGUGUCCUAUGAGAUUGGUGAACUUCCCAAUGGACGGACAUGCCUGUCCCUUGAAGUUCGGCAGCUAUGCCUAUCCAAGAAGUGAAAUCAUUUACACCUGGAAAAAGGGUCCCUUGUACUCAGUAGAAGUACCAGAUGAAUCUUCGAGUCUGCUUCAGUAUGACCUUGUAGGCCAAACAGUAUCCAGUGAAACUAUGAAGUCCAAUACAGGUGAAUACAUAGUGAUGACAGUGUAUUUUCACUUAAAAAGGAAGAUGGGAUACUUUAUGAUUCAGACUUACAUUCCAUGCAUUAUGACAGUAAUUCUCUCUCAAGUGUCAUUCUGGAUUAAUAAGGAGUCAGUCCCAGCUAGAACAGUUUUCGGUAUCACAACAGUUUUAACCAUGACUACGCUAAGCAUCAGUGCACGCCACUCGCUACCCAAAGUGUCCUAUGCUACUGCAAUGGAUUGGUUCAUUGCUGUAUGUUUCGCUUUUGUCUUUUCUGCACUCAUCGAAUUUGCUGCUGUAAACUACUUCACAAAUCUUCAGGCUCAAAAAGCCCUAAGGAAAACAGCUCGAGCAGCAGCAUUGUCAUCACCAAUGGCUGUGUCUGAAUCAGAGAAGAUAGUUUCGCAUUCUGAUUCCAAUUGCAAUUUAAAGAAAAGAACUCUGUCAUUGGCAUCGCAGAAAGAGUCAUCAGCUAUUGUAGAACCAGAUACGAACAGCUGUGCCGACAAUGUGUCACCAAUUCCAUGCACCCAUUCUUGUCUCACUUCAUUGCCACAACCACAGCCUGAUACUGGAACCAGCAAGAUAGAUCAAUAUGCCAGAAUCCUUUUCCCAUUGUCAUUUGGAGCAUUCAAUCUGGUGUAUUGGAUAGUGUAUCUUUCAAAAGAUACUAUGGAAAUGGGAAGUAAUAUAUAACUUUCUAUGCUGAUAUAUAUGAUUGAACUGUUCUAUAAGUAUAUACUCAAAAAUAGUGGAUAUUAGGGAAUAAAUAAUGUCAGCAGUACCACGAAGGUUUCCUUUGACAAUAUAAUCAAACAAUGUUAUGAUCUUGAAAAAUAAUUUCAAAUACUCUGCACCAUUGAUGCUGCCCUCAGCCACAUCUCCCUCACUUCCUUGACAUCUGCGCUCACAUCUACCUGCUGCCUUAACAGGGAUGGAGUUCGCCUUGUCUUCACCUACCACCCCAUGAGCCACCACAUCCAACACAUUAUUCUCCCCAAUGUCCGCCACCUUUAAUGGGAUACCACCAAACACAUUUUUCCCUCCACCACUUUCUGCUUUGUGCAGGAAUCACUCCCUCCAUGAUUCCCUUAUCCAUUCAUCCCUCUUCACUAAUCUCCCUCUUGGGACAUAUCCUUAGAAGCAUCAGAAGUACUACACCUGCCCAUUCAUCUCCUCCCAUACCUCCAUUCAGGGCCCUGAACAGUCCCUCCAGGUGAGGCACACUUCAUCUGUGAAUCCAUUGGGGUCAUCUAUCGUAUCCUGUGCUCUAGAUGCGGCUUCCUCUACUUUAGUGAGACUCCAUCUAAAUUGGGGACCACUUUGUCGAGCACUUCAACUCCAACUGCCAAAAGUGGAAUUUCCCGGUGACCAACCAUUUUAAUUCCUAUCCCCAUUCCCAUUACACUAUAUCAAUCCAUGGCAUCCUCUUGUGCCAUGAUGAGGCCACUCUCAGGGUGGUGGGGCAACACAUAUUCUGAGCAAAAGAAAAUCUGCAGAUGCUGGAAAUCCAAGCAACACACACAAAAUACUGGAGGAACUCAGCAGACCAGGCAGCAUCUAUGAAAAGGAGUAUAGUUGAUAUUUCAAGCUUAUACUCUUCUCCAUAGAUGCUGCCUGGCCUGCUAAGUUCCUCCAAUAUUUUGUGUAUGUUACCUCAAAUUCUGUCUAGGUAGCCUCCAACCUGAUAGCAUGAACAUUAAUUUCUCCUUCCUGUGAAUUUUUCCCUCUCCCUUCCCUUUUCUUCAGUCUGGCCUUUUAACUCUUCACUCCUACUGUCCCUUCUCUUGUCCUUUUUCCCAUGGUCCACUCAUGUCUCCUAUCAGAUUUCUUCUUCUCCACCCCUUUACCUUUCCUUCCCACCUGGCUUCACCUAUCACCUUCUAGCUAGGUUCCUUCCCAGUCCGCUCACCUUUUUAUUAUGGCAUCAUCCCCUUCCUUCCCAGUCUUGAAGCAGGGUCUCGGCCUGAAAAAUCAACUGUUUAUUUGUUUCUAUAUUUGUCUCUAUAGAUGCUGCCUGACCUGCUGAGAUCCUCCCGCAUCUUGUGUAUAUUACUCUGUUCUUACAUUCUUAUUCUAAUUGAUAUAUUUGAAAGAGGUGUUAAUAAAAUGAGAUAAAUGAAAACGGGAGAAUAAAUCAAAAAAUACAAUAAAGAUACUAAACACUCCAUUUACUGAAUGUCAAAAUAAUGGAAUAAAAACACCUAGCAGGUCAAACAGUGUCACAAUAUAAAUAUAUAAUAUCACAUCACUAUAUAAGAAUCACAAAUACUUACUAAAGAAAGACAUGGACCAAAAUGGCAAUGACAACUGAAAUUACAGUAACUGCAUUUUUUUACUGGAAAGCCAGCUAAGUAUGUUUUCUCCAUUCUGUAGUUAUGGAACAGGAUAUGAGCAUAGUCAAUGACUCAGCCUGUAAUCAUAGCAAAUUUUAAUUUGACUGUUGUAUAUGGGGAGAUAUUGUGGCUAUAUGUAUUGGAACCUUGUAAAAUAUUGGUAUUUUUUAGCUUUAGUACUGAAAGAUUUUGGAAAAUAAUUUGUGUGUUCACUGUGGUUUGAGUAAACUACUACAAUUUAUAAUAGCAUUCUAUUUUUGUUUAUA